UAUACUAUUUUUAUUUGGGUGGAUUAAAUUAGUGUCCCUGUCCCAAAUCGGAUGGAUUUUCUUUUUUACCUUGUUUUGGUUUUCAAUCCGUCCAGUUGGAGGCGGCAAUGCAACUUUUGGGGUCGUAAGUCAGCCAUAAAACCCACAGAAGAAGAAGAAACAGAAGUCUUGAUUCUGACGUUUUGUUUCCAGACGAACAUAUUCAGCUGUUACUCAACCAAGGAAACGUGUGUUUAUAUUUUCCAAGCAAUUUGAUUUUAUUGGUUAUGAAUCCGUGUGUACUAGUAAACCGAUACUGACGAAAAUUUACAGAUCAUACGUAAUGCAAUUGCGUCCAUUUGAGUGAUAUUUGUGUGUGAUUUUUCAGGAAGUAAUUCUGUCAGACAAGCUCGUUAGCUCUUUUUAGUACAUUCUUGGGCUAGCGAACUAGCCACAAUGACGAUCAAACGACAAAAGAAAGCCAAGAAAAACAUAAAUUUCUACAAACAUAACUUCAGUUUUAGAGAGCCCUUUCAAAUUCUCAUCGACGGGACGUUUUGCCAAGCGGCUCUGAAGAAUAAGAUUCAAAUCAAAGAGCAGAUGCCGAAAUACCUCAUGGGGGAGGUGCAACUUUGUACUACAAAUUGUGCAUUGAAGGAACUCGAAUCACUGAAAGACCUUUAUGGUGCCAAACUCAUCCUGCAGCGGUAUCAGGUUAGGAACUGCAAGCAUUUCAAGAACCCCGUCUCUGCGUCAGAGUGUCUGCUCUCCAUGCUGGAAGGGACCAAUCCACACCACUACUUUGUUGCCACACAGGACCAAGAGCUGACAGCAGGCCUGAAGAAGAUCCCAGGCGUGCCUCUUAUGUAUAUCAUCGUCAACACCAUAGUGUUGGACAAGCCCAGCCAAUGCUCGGUUAGCCAUGUGGAGGCUGUGGCUCUGGGAGAGAUGGUCACCCCAGCCCAGCAGCAGAGCAUCAACAGCCUGAAGGAGGUGCAGGGGAUCGGGCAGGAUGGAGAGCGCCGGGGCAAGAAGCGUAAGAGGAAAAUAUCCAAUCCCAACCCGCUCAGCUGCCUAAAGAAGAAGAAAAAACAGCCACCGACGCAGCCUCUUAAGACUGAGAAGAAGAAACGGAACCGUCAAAGGAAACGCACCAAGCCAGAGGGAGGCGAGGGUCCAUCCCUCAAACCGCUCCCAAACCCUUAGUGUGGUGGGAAGAAGGCUCCCAAAAGUUGAAAUUUGAACAGCUAAAUAUAAAUGUAUAACUCUUUUUAUAGAUAAAUUACUGUUUGUCUUUACUAAACACAUUUGCCAGAUCAAAGGCAUCUCAUUGGAAUUCAAGAGAUCCAACUUCAAAUGUCUGGAGAACAUAUUUUGAAGAAGCACACAAUGAAUUCAGUCUUUGUAUUGCGUUCAUGACGUCAUGUUUCUAAAAAUGUAUCCUCAAACA